CAUUAUUUUACAGGAUUUCUCUAUAUUCAUAAAGAUUUAAACAAACACGUUUUCUCAAUGUUAGCUUCAACAUCUUAAAAUACGGAUGAGUAUAAUAUUAGAAUUACAUACGAGGAUAUUUUACACUCAGAGGAAAUCAGAAAAAUUUUCAACAUGCACGUGAAUGUGACAGAAAUAUAUGAAAACAGUACAACAGGAUAUCUAAACUAUUACGGAACAGUGAACAUAGAAAGAGAUAUACAGAAGUAUUCUAAGCCUGUCAUAUGUCUGUCAGGAUUCAUAGGAAAUUUUUUAUCAGCAGCCAUCUUCCUCAGUAAAUCUCAGAGGAAAACAUCAUGCAGUCUGUAUUUAGGGGUACGUUCGCUCUCGGAUACAGGCUUUUUGAUAUCACUCUUUUUCAUUUGGUUAGGUGAUAUGCAAGUAAAUGCAUUCAAAGCUCCCGGAUUAUGCCAGUCUAUAAUAUUCUUAUCAUAUGUUUGUGCGUUUUUGUCUGUGUGGUUUAUUGUGAUAGUAACGUUUGAAAACUACAUUCGGAUUUGUAUGCCGUUUCAAGUUAAUAAAUAUUGCACAACUAGAAAGGCAAAGAUUAUAAUUGUUCUGUUCACACUGAUUUCCUUUAUAAUUUACAAUUUCACUUUAUGGACUUUCACUGUCAAGAUAGCUCCCUCUGGCAUGUCACUGUGUUUGCCUAUCCAGGAGUUUAAUUACAUACUACAGUACUUGUAUUAUAUUGACACCGUUGUAACGCUUGUACUGCCAACAUUGAUAACAAUAUUUUUGAUGAUACCAAUUACAUACAAUUUACUAGAACUUCUUCGAAGACAACAAGCUCGUCUUACGGGAAAAUCUCAACAGAAAGACAGAAGACAGAGCAACCCGCAAAGUAAAGUUACAAAACUCUUGUUUUCUGUGUCACUUGCAUUCAUUUUGCUCAGUUUACCAAGUCAUGUUGUUCGAACACAUCUUGCAAUUUCAAGCUUUGUCGCCCUUGAAGAGAUAGAUCCGUUGGUGGUAUCUUUGAAAUACAUUUUUGAAACGAUUUAUUACCUUAGCUUUGCUGUUAACAUUGUGAUAUAUCUCACGUUUGGUGAUAGAUUCAGAAGUGAUUUCAAGAACAAGUUUUGCUCAAGGUUUAAUAGUAGAAAAGAAAAAGCGUCACAAACUACCCCUUCAGUUCUAAAUGCUGAUAAAGAAGAAUCAAAUACAUUGCUAGGUCACGCACACAAUUUGACAAGUGAGACUCAUGUUUAAACAAUAAUAAUUGUCAUGAAAUAAAACAAAUCAUAUAUGUGCAUACGUUAAAACAAUUAUAACACUCAGUUUUAAUACUUUAAAAGUUGACAAAAUAGAUACAUAUUAUUCAUUGAAACGUUCGCGCUAUGCAGUUGAAAAACAUUUACACGGACUGAUGUUUAGAUAAUGAUUCAAAUAUUUUACACUGGAUUAUUAUAAACAAACUGACGAAAUCAACAUUAAUUAAAAUGAAGAGUGGAUAAUCAUGCUUAUACAAACAUCGCUGCUGAUGGUCAACGGAAAUCUUACAACUCUGAAAAUUACAUAAAGAUUGUUAAAAAAUCAAUACAAUUCGUCCAAUAAUAAAAAAAAAAAAAAAAUAAA